GCGUGGGUAAGUAGAGCGGGCGACACGGGAGCGCGGGGCAGAGGGCCGCUGGCUACCCUGGACAGCGCAUCGCCGCCCGCCGGGGUCGCCGCGCCGCAGCCGCUGCGGAUCAUGGAGCAUCUAAAGGCCUUUGAUGAUGAAAUCAGUGCUUUUUUGGACAAUAUGUUUGGACCUCGAGAUUUUCGAGUCAGAGGAUGGUUCAUGUUGGACUCCUACCUUCCCACCUUUUUUCUUACUGUCCUGUAUCUGCUUUCCAUAUGGCUGGGUAACAAAUACAUGAAGAACAGACCUGCUCUUUCCCUCAGGGGCGUCCUCACCUUGUACAAUCUCGGAAUCACACUUCUCUCCGUAUAUAUGCUGGUCGAGCUUAUUCUCUCCAGUUGGGAAGGAGGCUACAACUUACAGUGUCAAGAUCUCGCCAGUGCCGGGGAAGCUGAUGUCCGGGUAGCUAAGGUGUUAUGGUGGUACUACUUCUCCAAAUCAGUAGAGUUCCUGGACACAAUUUUCUUUGUUUUGCGGAAAAAAACCAGUCAGAUUACUUUUCUUCACGUAUACCAUCAUGCCUCCAUGUUUAACAUCUGGUGGUGUGUUUUGAACUGGAUACCUUGUGGGCAAAGUUUCUUUGGACCCACACUGAACAGUUUUAUCCACAUUCUUAUGUACUCCUACUAUGGCCUUUCUGUGUUUCCAUCUAUGCACAAGUAUCUUUGGUGGAAGAAAUAUCUCACACAGGCUCAACUGGUACAGUUCGUGCUCACCAUCACGCACACCAUGAGUGCAGUGGUGAGACCCUGUGGCUUCCCCCUGGGCUGUCUCAUCUUCCAGUCUUACUACAUGCUGACGUUAGUCAUCCUCUUCUUAAAUUUUUACGUGCAGACAUACCAGAAAAAGCCAGUGAAGAAAAAUAUGGAAGAGCCACCUGCAGGGAAAGAAGUUAAGAACGGUUUUUCCAAAGCCUACUUCACCGUGACCAAUGGGGUCAUCAACAGGAAAGCACAAUAAACAUCGAGUAACAAAGCAUAUAUAAUAGCCUAACAGAUUCGCUUGUUUUAAAGCAAAGACUGAAUUUAAAGUUACAUGUUUUAGCAUAAACUAAUUUCUUUUGAGUUUAUAAAUCAUUUGUACCCGGAAUGUAUUAAUAUAUUGCUAUUAGCUUAAUCUGUUAACUGAAUGCUCCCGUCAGCACACCGUGUCACCUCAGACACUGAGCUCUGUAGACCUCAGACCUGGUGUAGCUUCUCUCUCCUCCUCCCCACAAACUGCACCCCUCACCAGAAACUGUUUCCAUAACGCCUUAUACACAUACAAAGCCAGGAAACAUGGAGCCUUGUUUUCCGAAGCCAGUCUUCAAAUAAAAAGUUUUAUUCAGAUUGAAAUGUUUAAAACAAAAUGGUAAUUACCUUCUAACCACAGGGUCUUAAUCUAUAUUAAGCAAUAAUUGCUUAGUGCUUAUUAAGCAAUAAAGUCAUUAGUCCAUUUGUUCCAUUAGGACUCAACCCCAGAAAAUAAUUAAAAUGGAUUAUACAUGGAAGACAGGAAAAUCUAGCACAACUUUUUUCUUUUAAGGUGCAGUCUGUCAAAUUCCUACACUAAGUCUCAACUUCGUGAUAUGGUAAUGAAAUUUGUAUUUUAUUUUGACGAUUACUUUUUCUAAGAAGAAAAAAAAUCUGCCAAAUCCUCAUAGCUCAGGGGCUUCGGAUAGGAGUUGUUCCUCAGUUUUAAUUUGGUUUCCAUGACUAUUCAUAUGUUCAUGUCUACCUCCUAUGUUAAAUUCCCCUACUUUAGGUUAUAAACACACACCUUGCUCAGUUUUGAAAGCAGAAUCUAAAUCUGGCUGCCCGUUUCCUUUCUGAUCAAGGAAUCUUCCCUUCUCCCUAGAAGGAUAAGCCACUGGAAUAUUUCUAAAUCAGAGCAGUUGGGGCAAAACAGACAUUGGGUUUUUCCACUAUUUCUUGUGAGCCCGCUUGUGAAUACUACCCCCAAAUACCUGCUGUCACUCUUUGCAGGUUAAGUUUUUGAAAAUGGGAAGAGGAGGAUGAUGGAAAGAUUCCAACGCUGAGCCAGGGGGUGGUAAUGAGCCUCCGUGAAAAGUGCCAAUUUGGCAAACUCAGCACAUCCCUUCCCUGCCCAGGUAACACGCUCUCACUGAGAACAAGCACAAAAGCAGACGAAAGCAGUAGUGAAUAUUCUUUUUUCUCCCUGCGUAUUGGACCUUUACUAUUCACUUGCACCAAGAAUGGAAACAAUAUUUUUUAAAGAUGUGGGGAAGAUUUAUGCCCUAAGACAAGACUUGCCGCCUUUGACACUCUUUCCUACCUUCUCUUUAAAAUAGCUCAUAGGGUGUCCCGUUGAGGUCCGAAGCACAAGCACCAGAAGGGCAUGCUUACCGCUCACUGGACCCCAUCCGCUCUGUCCGGGAUGCCUUUCUGUCCUCCUUACCCCCUCGCUUUCUAGUGUUAAAAUUCUUCUCCGUUUAAAAAAGAGCACAGACUCUGGUACGACACUGAACGUGGACUGUGAUUGUGUUUUCUCACUUCUCGCUCACGUCUGCUACCCUCUCAGGACCUGGCCCGCUGUGUGGAAGAUGACGGGUCUUGGCUGUUUGUUGUGGUAGAUGCGCUGUGCGUAUAUGUACAUGUCACAGGUGGGCACUUGGUCCAUUUUUAUUGAACACACAUUUUUGACACCCACUUACUCUUGGAUUUAUUUUUCUAAAAAGUUUUCUAAAACUGAUUUUUCUAGGGUGCUUCAUCCCUGCUUCUUCCAUCCCAUCCUAACAGUAUUGUUAGGAGUAUCGUUCUCUCCCAGAAAUUCAUUUUAAAAUAAGGGCUAGCCCCAAGUAUACCUCUGAUUACUCCUCUGUAACAAACAUGGGUUGGACUAAAGCCCCUCAGAGCAACUGGACUCUAGCUCAGUUUUAGGUCCCAAGUGAGGGCUAAAAAUCUGUUCUCAAAGUGCAUUCUGGGGAAAAAUGAGACUCAGGGAGAAGCCGGAUCUCACUGGGCCUUCAUUGUUUGCAGCUGGUCCUCAAAUGUCAGGAAGGCCAGAAAGUCUCCCCCCCCCGGCGUUUACCUGCAACUUUGGUGCUUUCCUGGACUUGGUAUUGGCAGAGCAAGGAGGGAAGCCAUCCUUCAGCAGAAUGAGUGAGCCCCCCAGCUGUAAGUACAAGGCAGGUGGAAGCCUCUCAGAUCAAAGGGAAAAACCAGGGUAGUUUGCCCUUUUCCAGCUCAACGUAGAGGUUUCAGGACGCUGUUUCCCAUUGGGUCUUUAAUUCUAAUCAAAUACUUCUAGCCUUAAACCAUUCAAAGGCUGAUACAAAUACACAGAGCUAUGAAAUCUUAGCCGCAAAAGCUGAAUCAGGUAAAUAUUUUGACCUGUUAUUAAGUAUUGGAACUUUAAAAAGCAAAAUGUCUACAUUUAAUGUGAUUUUCCUAAAACUGUAAAAAAAAAAAAAAAAAAAAA